CCCAUUGCCUUUAAAAGGCGAAAUGCUUCGGACUAAAUUUGGUCAUGUAGCUCUGCAUGGUUCCCUGGAAUGUCCUCGGGUUUCAGCUCCUCUGAUAGCGCCACUCCCCGCCUCCGCGGGCUCCAUUGGCUUCCCAGCGCCCGAACCGCCGCUGGAUCCUGUUAUUGGCCAACGCCUGGACCGAGGGGUGUCCCCUCUGGAUAGCCACCGUGUCCCGGGCUGGAGAGCGGCUGAGGUUUGACACUUCAGCACCUGCUGCCGCUCGGGAAGCAGCCUUAGAGCUUCGGCUUGGUUUUUUUCUCCUGCUUUGGGUACCACACAGCCGCCACCGUGUCUCGCCAGAGAGCCAAGAUGUCCAAAGUGGCCAAAUACCGGCGACAAGUUAGUGAAGAUCCAGAUAUAGACAAUUUAUUGUCUACUUUGUCUCCAGAGGAGAUGGAGGAGCUGGAAAAGGAGCUGGAUGUGGUGGAUGCGGACGGGAGCAUCCCUGCGGAGCGCAGUCAGACAAACCAAUCAGAAAACUCCUCACCUGGCCCGCAAAACUGUGACACGGCGCUCAACCACCACGACAAGGACACCAGGAGGCUCCUGCAGCGGGAGCACUCGAUAGAUGAAAGCAGGUUGAGCAAGAAUAAGGGAGACAUAAAUCAAGAAGAAAAAGGAAAGGAAUCUCCUUCCAAAGACCUGGCCCAGAAACGAGACACUAAAGUGGGGAAAGACUCUAAAAAGGAAGAAAAUGCUCAGAAAACAGACACGGAAGGUAAAGCUGAGACUGAAACCAAGAGAAAAGAGAACAAUGCUAUGAACGAUAAAGUCAAGGCCAUGGAGAAAAAGCUGAUGGGGAAGGACAGGAAGGAGGAAGAGAAAGGUUCAGUGUUGAAGAAGGACACAGAAAAGGGCAAAAAGGAGGAAGAGAAGAGAUCAGAGUUGAAGAAAGAUGCAGGGAAGGAUAAAAAAGAGGAAGAGAACAGCUCAUAUUUUAAAAAGAAGGAUGCAGAGAAAAAUAAAAAGGAAGAAGAGAAGAUCUCAGCAGCAAAGGAGGAGAAGGGAAAAAAGCAAGAAGAAAAGGAUUCAGUAUCAAAGGACACAGGGGGGGACAAAAAGGAGGAGAAGAGCUCAGAAUCAAAGAAACAGGCAGAAAAAGACAUAAGAGGGGAAGGUAAGAAAGAAAAUUAUAAAAAAGAUGAGGAAAAGGCUUCAGCUGUGAAAAAAUCCAAGGCAGAUGAGAAGGAUAAAUCCAAGGCAGAUGAGAAGGAUAAAUCCCAGGCAGGAGCAGAAAAGGCAGAAAAGGUGGAGGAGAAACAGGAAGCCAAGGCAGGAGCUGGGAGCAGCCCUCCCAAGCCUUCCUCCAGCAGCUCCACAGAUCAAGGCAAGGACGAUGAAGCCUCCAGCAUCUUUGACGAGCUUAUUGAGAAGGUGAAGAACAACGACCCUGAGGUGACCGAGGUCAACGUGAACAACUCCGACUGCAUCAACAACGAGACCCUGGUGCGCUUCACCGAGGCCCUGGAGUUCAACACCGUGGUCAAGGUGUUUGCCCUGGCCAACACCCGAGCCGAUGACCACGUGGCCUUCGCCAUUGCCAUAAUGCUCAAGUCCAACAAGGUGCUGACAAGCAUCAACUUGGACUCCAACCACAUCACGGGCAAAGGCAUCCUGGCCAUUUUCCGGGCACUGCUGCAGAACAACACGCUGACGGAGCUGCGGUUCCACAACCAACGGCACAUCUGUGGGGGAAAGACAGAGAUGGAAAUUGCCAAGCUCCUGAAGGAGAACACCACGCUCCUGAAGCUGGGCUACCACUUCGAGCUGGCUGGGCCACGCAUGACUGUCACCAACCUGCUGAGCCGAAACAUGGACAGGCAGAGGCAGAAACGCCUCCAGGAGCAGAAACUGGCGCAGGAACGGGGGGAGAAGAAAGACCUUCUGGAGGUGCCCAAGCCUGGAGCGCUGCCGAAGGGGUCCCCCAAGGGAUCCCCGCAGCCAUCCCCCAAGGCUUCCCCAAAAAGCUCUCCCAAGAAAGGGGGGGCACCCACCACGCCACCCCCACCUCCUCCUCCGCUCGCCCCACCACUGAUGAUCAACGAGAACCUCAAGAACUCGCUCUCGCCAGCCACACAGAGGAAGUUGGGAGACCGGGCGCUGCCAGUCCAGGAGAAGAACUCUCGGGACCAGCUCCUGGCAGCCAUUCGCUCCAGCAACCUCAAACAGCUCAAGAAGGUGGAGUUGCCGAAGCUGCUGCAGUAGGGAGCGGGAGGAUUUUUCCCCUGCAGCCCAUGGCAGACCCCCAGACACUCAGCUUUCUCGUGACUGUUUCCAUGACAAGCCCUUUGGAACCUGCAGUGAGCGACACAAAGGAGCAGGGAUCUCUCUGGGACAUGGAGGACGGGCUGGGCCCAGCAGGACAUGAUGGAGGAUGUUGUAUUUAUUUUUUGAUGGCUGUGAAGCCUUCGAGCUCGCUUUUCUACCAGCACCGUGUCUUGAGGGAGAUGCCAAGAAUAGAGCAGGGGUCUGCAGAGCUGAUCCUUAUGGAAAUCCCCCAUCAGAGCAUAAUGAAGGGGUUUGGCACCCUCUAUCCAGGGCCCAGCCUGAGGUGAGCAAGAGUACCCCCAGCCUUGAGGGGGAGCAGGGGACACCCAGACCAUCAUCAGAUCGCCACAAGGUAUCCGGAUGGCCAGCAGAGUUUUGGGAUUCAGGCACAGCAGUGGCUGCAGAGCCGGGGGUUCAGGCUUGACAUCAAGGAGGAAUGGGAGGGUCGGAGAAGGGAGCAGCCAGGGAGAGAGGAGGCAUGGAAGUGACAGGACAUGGGGAGCCAGGCUGGGGCCAGGAGCUUGGGGCAACUUGUACCCACAGCACUGCGGGGGGACCCCCAGAACUCUCAGAGCAUGGAAACCAAAUCCGCGUCCGAGAGAGAUGGGAAAGCACCGACUCAAGGAGGGGAGUGGGCUUUGGGGACAUGUGAUGCCCACUCUCCCCACCCCCAUCCUUCCUGUCAUGACACCUUGGUCACGAUUUGUACGACUGCGGCCACUGCAUCAGCAAUAAAGCUCACCCACCGCUU